AUCCACUACCACCGUGGUUACUAGACCAUGGCACUAAGUGCCACAUCCAGUCUCAGUGAAUACUGUAGGCUACAGUAUUCACAUGAUGUCUGCUUUCAUUAGCACUGGUGAAACUUCACAACGUUCAUUUUUCAGCAGUGCACUUAACAUGCAGACAUGGCCUAGAGCUCUGAAUUUGGCUUUGCGAUUCAAACGUCCGCAGUGCUGGGAAGUAUUUAGUUAUACAAGCAUGAGCCUGAGUUUAGUUAGCCAUGAUGUUAAAUCUUGACUUGGGCUUUCCCAGGGGCAUGGUGGGUGUUGCUGUGCAGGUCUGUUAAAACAAUACAGUAUUGAGAUUUAUUUUGCCCAGAGAGAGAAACAUGUAGGCAGAGACUUGAGAGCUGGGUAAAGUUUGUGUGCUGCAGUGAGCUGUGCUAAGAAAGAGAGAAUGCGUGAGAUGAUCUGAGUGAGUUCUGCACUGGCCUUCCAGAUACUGUAUUUGCUUUUUAUUCUUGCUGUAUUAAAACCUGCUUAACCCAAGUCUAAUGAUCAAAUUCAUUCUUAGAAUUUAAUUUUUUUUCCUUCCUUUUUCCUUUCAUUUGAUGAUGCUUCCUUUCUCCUUUUCUACCUCCUUGAUUCUGCCUCGGCAGGCCCUUGCUCCUCCCCGUCCUCCUCUUCCCAAAGAGGAAAGCUUUGCAUGGCGUCCCCGCACUGACACUAAAGCGACCAACCUGUUGCCAGUGCCCAUCAUGGACUGCGUGUACCUGAAUGCACCCAAGCCUUAUACGCAGCGUGCAUCACCAAACGCCAGUGCACGGUGUUAUUUGUCAUCACCUACCCCCUAUGGGGCCAUCCCCAGUGGGAAGCAAGGCUUGCCAGCAGGGCAUUCUCCCUCUUCAGGCCCCAAAGACGAGGUGCAUGCUGGGCAGCCACUCUUGGAAAGUCGUUCCUCGUCGGGUGCAUCAUCUAUACAACACAACCCUGACAGGGCAGAUCCCAGUAGUAAGGCUGGAAUGAAUUCCAGUCAUGAGACGAAGGCGGAUAAAAAGGUCAGCAAACUAUAUGUAGCUUGUUUAUCUAACAGCACUUGCUCAGCCGCAUCUCAAAAUUCCGCUGGCACCACACAUGACCCAGCAGCCAGCACCAGUUUGGGCGCUGAGCUCACUCAGGCACCAGCCACCAACAUUGUUUCCUCUGUAACAGACACUGAAAAGUCUCUUCCUGCUGCUCCUCCUCCUCCUAUUCCUCCCAGGCCAUCCUUUUACAUUGUCCUCAGCAAAGACGCAGUUAGUUAUGGUGCGAGCCAACCCUCCCGGACUCAGUCGCCAGCUCUGCAAGCUGUGAGGGACAGAGUGCUAGAGCCCCAGAGCACAACUGCCACAGAGGACAGGAUGAGAAAAGAGCCUUACCUUACUCAGCAGCGACAGCCACCAUACAAGGCAAUGGGACGCAGCAUGGUACAUGUUUUCUCCAUAACCUUGUUUUCUUUCAGCCGUGUGAACAGUUCUUUAAUUCAUUACAAUGUUCCCUUAAUGCUUUAUUCCCCUCCUACCUAAUUUCUGAGCACUUCUUGUGCUGCCUGAGUCUUGCGAUCUUCUACUCGAUAAUAUUUAACACCCCAUGCGUGCCCCUUCGACGUUGAUCUGUGUGUUUGUGUGUGUGUGGUGUUUGUAGGGAGUUGGGUUGGGCUGGUGAGGAUCUUUCUAUUUUAGGAAGGUGUAAAAGAAGCAAACUCUGUAUGGGGAUGGCUAGUGCUUCUCAAGUGAUAGUGAAUGCAGACCUGUUCUGUGGUUUUCUACACAGAAUGGGAGAAGGGUGGUGAGGGGAAUGAAGAUUUUUGUGGAAAAACAUAUGUUCAUAGGGGCCAGGGCUGCAAGCCUGAAUGUCUCCCUAAGGAAAGAAAAUCUGGUGGGGCUUUGUAUCAUUUUGGGUACAUUCCUUGCAUGACACUAUAUGGCUGCAUUCAACUAAAGUAUCAAUCCUCCCCCGUUGCAUAACAACACCUUGUU